UCUUUUUAUGUUUCCUUCUCCCCCGGAAAAGACUUGAAAACCAUCAUCUCCUUUUAAUCACUCCUCACCCUCUCAACCUACCCUUUUCUCUCUCAUCCACACCUCAUCACUCCCUUCGAUUGAGUCGACUGGAGUUUCCUAUAUUUUCUUUUAAUUUGUGUAUUAUUUAUCUUCUUUAAUUCUCAAUCACAAUGUUGCCUUCGCGUAUCACCCGCGCGCUCCCGCGCACUGCUUUCACCCGCGCCGCCGGUCUCAGAGUCCCCAGCACAUCCUUCCGGAGAUGGAACUCGACAGAGGGUGGUGAGGAGAAGGUGAAGGGCCAGGUCAUCGGUAUUGACUUGGGUACCACCAACUCUGCUGUCGCUGUCAUGGAGGGAAAGACCCCCAAGAUCAUCGAGAACGCUGAAGGUGCCCGCACAACUCCUUCCGUUGUCGGUUUCGCUCAGGAUGGCGAGCGUCUCGUUGGUAUCGCUGCCAAGCGUCAGGCUGUUGUCAACCCCGAGAACACUCUUUUCGCCACCAAGCGUCUCAUCGGUCGCAAGUUUACCGAUGCUGAGGUUCAGCGUGACAUUAAGGAGGUUCCCUACAAGAUCGUUCAGCACGACAACGGCGAUGCCUGGGUUGAGGCUCGUGGCCAGAAGUACUCUCCCUCUCAGAUUGGUGGUUUCGUUCUCAACAAAAUGAAGGAGACUGCCGAGAACUACCUCAGCAAGCCCGUCAAGAACGCCGUCGUCACUGUUCCCGCCUACUUCAACGAUUCCCAGCGUCAGGCUACCAAGGAUGCCGGUCAGAUCGCUGGUCUUAACGUCCUCCGUGUCGUCAACGAGCCUACCGCUGCUGCCCUUGCCUAUGGUCUGGAGAAGGAGGCUGACCGUGUCGUCGCUGUCUACGAUCUUGGUGGUGGUACCUUCGAUAUCUCCGUUCUGGAGAUCCAGAAGGGUGUCUUCGAGGUCAAGUCUACCAACGGUGACACUCACCUCGGUGGUGAGGACUUCGAUAUCAACCUUGUUCGCCACAUCGUCCAGGAGUUCAAGAAGGAGUCUGGCCUCGAUCUCUCCGGCGACCGCAUGGCUAUCCAGCGUAUCCGUGAGGCCGCUGAGAAGGCUAAGAUCGAACUUUCUUCUUCUCUCCAGACCGAGAUCAACCUUCCUUUCAUCACUGCUGAUGCCAGCGGUGCUAAGCACAUCAACCUCAAGAUGACUCGUUCCAACCUCGAGUCUCUGGUUGACCCUCUCAUCAGCCGCACUGUUGAGCCCGUUCGCAAGGCCCUGAAGGAUGCCAACCUUCAGGCCAGCGAGAUCCAGGAUGUCAUCCUGGUCGGUGGUAUGACCCGUAUGCCCAAGGUCACCGAGUCCGUUAAGUCCAUCUUCGGUCGUGAGCCCGCCAAGUCUGUCAACCCUGACGAGGCUGUUGCCAUUGGUGCCGCUAUCCAGGGUGCUGUCCUUGCUGGUGAGGUCACCGACGUCCUUCUCCUUGAUGUCACCCCUCUGUCCCUCGGUAUCGAGACCCUCGGUGGUGUCUUCACUCGUCUGAUCAACCGCAACACCACCAUCCCCACCAAGAAGUCCCAGACCUUCUCUACCGCUGCCGACUACCAGACCGCUGUCGAGAUCAAGGUCUUCCAGGGUGAGCGUGAGCUCGUCAAGGACAACAAGCUUCUCGGAAACUUCCAGCUUGUUGGCAUCCCCCCUGCCCACCGUGGUGUUCCUCAGAUUGAGGUCACCUUUGACAUCGAUGCCGACAGCAUCGUCCACGUCCACGCCAAGGACAAGUCCACCAACAAGGACCAGUCCAUCACCAUCGCCUCCGGCUCUGGUCUCUCUGACAAUGAGAUCCAGUCCAUGGUUGAGGAUGCUGAGAAGUACGGUGCUCAGGACAAGGAGCGCAAGGCUGCCAUCGAGGCUGCCAACCGUGCCGACAGCGUCUUGAACGACACCGAGAAGGCUCUCAAGGAGUUCGAGGACCGCCUUGACAAGGCCGAGGCUGAGCAGAUCCGUGAGAAGAUCACCGCUCUCCGUGAGUUCGUUGUCAAGAACCAGUCCGGCGAGGGCACCGCCACUGCUGAGGAGCUCAAGCAGAAGACCGAUGAGCUCCAGAACGCCAGCUUGACCCUCUUCGACAAGAUGCACAAGGCUAACGCCGAGCAGCAGCAGUCUCAGUCUGGCGAGGCCAACCAGGGCGAGAACAAGGCCUAAAUGUACCACAACUGAUUGGCCCUGUCCCUGCAAAGGUUCAGGGUUGUUUGUUUCCCUGUACCUCUCCUAUAUCCUCUUUCUUGUCUCAUCUAGAGAUUUCUCUCUUCACCAUUGUUUUAACACGCAUAUGAUAUGUAUACAUACCAAUAGUUUUUGAUUUCUAU